AGACGCUGAGGGCCUGGAUCAUGGAGCCCCGACUCCUGCUCCUGCUGCUCUCGGGGGUCCUGGCGGUGACCGCGACCUCGGCCGGACCCCACACCCUGAGACAUUUCAUCACCACCUUGUCCGGACCGGGAGUCGGGAAGUCCCAGCACACUGUCGUCGGCUACGUGGACGACACGGAGGUCCUGCGGUUCGACGGCAACGUCCCGAACCCGAGGGUUGUGCCGCGGGUGCCGUGGACGGAGCAGCCGUGGGUGGAGCAGGAGGAUCCAGAUUUUUGGGAGGAGCACACGCGGGUCUACAAGCUCCACCAAGAGGCAAUCCAAGCGAACGUGAACGACCUGCGCGCCCACUACAACCAGAGCGAGGACGGGUCCCACACCUUCCAGGAAACGUGCGGCUGCGUUGUGGGGUCGGACGGGCGCUUCCUCCGCGGGUUCAUUCUACGCGCCUAUGACGGCACCGAAACGUUCGCCCUGAACGUGGACCGGCGCACCUCAACCGACCAGGAAAAGACGGCGCAGAUCACCGUCCAGCGCGAUCUGCUGCAUCGAGAUAAUGUAGAGUGUUGGAGGAACUACCUGGAGAACUGGUGCGUGCAGUGGAUCCGCCGGCUCCUGGAGAAGGGGAAGGACAGGCUGCUCCGAGCAGACCCUCCAAGGACACAGGUGACCCGCCACCGCAUCUCUGACCGUGAGGUCACCCUGAGGUGCUGGGCCCUGGGCUUCUACCCGUCGGACAUCACCCUGACCUGGCAGCGUGACGGGGAGGACCUGACCCAGGACAUGGAGCUUGUGGAGACCAGGCCUGCGGGGGACGGGACCUUCCAGACGUGGGCGGCCGUGGCCGUGCCCCCUGGACAGGAGCAGAGCUACACGUGCCGCGUGGGGCACGCGGGGCUGCCCGAGCCCCUGACCCUGCGAUGGGACCCCUCUCCUCGGACCACCGUCCCCAUCGUGGGCAUCGCUGCUGCCGCCCUGGGUCUCCUUGUUGCUGCGGUCGCUGUGGCUGUGACGUGGAGGAGGAAGCGCUCAGGUGGGCAGGGGUGGGGCCGAGGUCCCUGUCCCCCUGGGGGUCAGGCCCAGGUGGCCGUGUGCUCCGCCUCGUGA